CAGGCAGAGGGUCUAGCGAUGAAUUUAGGCGUCAAUAUUCAAUGAUAGUUUUUGCCUUUGUGAUGAGGUGUUGCUGAGGUACGGCCUAGCAGAACAAAUGGACUGCAGCCCUCAACUGUCCAGUAGUCACGAACAAUCACAACUCCAAUCGAUCAGGGACGGGUGGCGGAGCCUCAGAAUGCCACUUGUUUUAUAGCGAAACUUGCGUCGCAAUUCAAGAACUCGGGAAGCGCCGACGGUAUGAAGGGACGCAAAAAGUCCUUAAUGGACAGGACGUCGCUGGACUUGUCCUGGGACGCAUCGGACAUGGACGACGAGGAUGGGACACCGCGAGCUGAGAACAUCACACCCAAUAAGGCGGCUGUCAACAACAACAAUACGAACAAAACCAACGAAAACAAAAAGAACAGCGCCAUAGAAACCCAAUUCAAAUCUCUAACUGACGGACAUGACGCAUUGAUAACCGAGGAUGAAUUUGAAGAUAACAAUAAUGCAAGCAAAAAUGAGUCAUCAGGUCAGGUUCCGGCCUCUGGAAGCGACACCAAAACAAGCAAUUUAGGAUCCAAAGUUAACGAGCUCAGCCCUCUUUACUUGUACGACACCGACGAAAGCGACGAGUUGUACGAGGAAGCUAGUGGGUGA